AUGGAGUCAAUCCGAGAAGGGUACUCAACUCAAAGGCCACCGCUUUUUGAAGGAAAAUUCUUCAAUUACUGGAAGAAUCGAAUGGAGAUUUUCAUAAAAGCCGAGAAUUAUCAAGUCUGGAAUGUAAUCGAAAAUGGUGAUUUUGAAAUCACUAAAAUGAAUGACAAGGGAGACUUGAUACCAAAGCCAAUCAAUGAAUAUAUCGAUGAAGACUGGAAAAAAUUAGAAUCCAACGCUCAAGCCAAAAGACUUCUUCAUUGUGGUCUUGGCACACAAGAGUACAAUAGAAUUAUGGGUUGUCGUACAGCAAGGGAGAUGUGGAAUUUAUUGGAAGUUACCCAUGAAGGAACAAAUGAAGUCAAGCAGUCAAAAAUUGAUUUGUUGAUGCAUCAAUAUGAACUUUUUUCCAUGAGCCCCAAAGAAAACAUACGGAGCAUGAUAACACAAUUUUCAAAUAUUGUCAAUGAACUUGGUGCAUUGGGAAAAAUAAUCCCAACUGAUGAGCAAAUUAGAAAAAUACUACGUAGUCUACCUCAUGAAGAUUGGAGACCAAAAGUGAUUGCUUUACAGGAGACAAAAGAUUUUAAAAUAUUUACACUUGAGGAGCUGACUGGAUCACUAAUGACUUAUGAGAUGCAACUUUUAUCUCAUAAUGAAACACUCAAAAAACACAACGACAUUCAGCUCGCACUUAAGGCGGAAAAAAGGGGCAAAAUAAAAAAUCAAUCUCAACGGGAAAAAGGAAUAGCUCAAAAGUCAGAACGAGAGGAGGAAGAUGAAACAGAAAGCGAUGAAGAUGAAGAUCUCGCUAUGCUUGCUCGUCGAUUCAAGAAAUUUUUCAAGAAAUCAAAAGGCGACUCAACAAAGAAUCGCUCAGGAAGACAAAAACCUAGGGUUGAUGAAAAAUGCUUCAAAUGUGGAAAAUCAGAUCACAAAAUUAGGGAUUGUCCUUUCCUGGAGAAUGAAUCGAAGAAGGAACAAAAAGAGCAUGCUAGGGAGGAACAAAAAUAUCAGAGAAGGGAUUUCAAGAGAGCUAUGGUGGCGGCAUGGUCCGAUUCAGAAUCUGAAGAAGAAAAAUCUGAUGAAGAUGCACAAGCGAAUCUUUGCUUAAUGGUGCAUAGCGACUCAGAAACUGCUGAUGAACCACAAGAGGAAAAAGUGAGGGGGAACAACCUGUGGUAUCUUGAUAGUGGUUGUUCUAAACAUAUGACUGGAGAUAAAUCAAGAUUUCUCUCACUAAUGCCUUUUCAAGGAGGGAAUGUGACAUUUGGAGAUGACAAAAAAGGUGAAAUCAUUGGAAUUGGUAAGGUUGGCAAGUCACCUUCUCACUGUAUUGAUAAUGUCUUCUUGGUCAAAGGUUUGAAACACAAUCUUUUAAGCAUUUCUCAAUUUUGUGACAAAGAUGAUGAUCCCUUGUUGUGGCAUAGAAGAUUAGGACAUGCCAGUUUAUCUACCUUGAAAAAACUAAGCUUGCUUGACUUAGUUGUUGGCUUACCAUCAAUUAAGGUUAAAGAUAACCAACUGUGUGAAGCUUGUGCAAGAGGUUUCUCAAAGUGA